ACUAAAAAAACAUAAAUUGAAAAUCAAUUCUGGAGCCCUAAUUUCCGACCCGCCACCAUUUCUCUUCUGCUCCCAAAGCUUUUUCUUCCGGCAAAAACCCUACUGAAGCGAGGAGGGUUUAAAAUGGACGGUAGCAGCAGCAACGCACCAGUUCAGCAGCUGACGGCGGAGGCAGCUGCACAGCUACAGGAAGGCAUCGGUUUGGUGCUAUCUAGAUGGACUGCUCUACAGAUGGCUGUCGAGAACGAGUGGGGUGGCCGAGAUACUCGUGAAAAAUCCAAUCAACUCAAUGUUGACAUUUUUUCCGCUUUUACACAAUCCAAAGAAAAAGUAUACAUGGAUGAUAUAGAAGAAAUUCUAGAUGAGUUCAUGAUAUCUCUAAAUACUGAAGUCAAUGAUGGCAGCCUUGAGGAGGUAGCAGAAAAAUUGAUGUAUAUGCAUGAAGAGUGUCUGGAAGGGAAUUUCAAUUCAAUCAAAGUGCUAAGGGAAACAAAUGUUGGGAGGAAACCUGCUACAUAUGUCAGACAAGAUGCUAGUGAUGACGAUGACAGUAGUAAUGAUGGGGGUGACAGAAAUGAGAACUUGGGCAAUAGUUCAUCCGAUAUGGCAAUUGAUUCAAUGGAAAGCCAACCAAGUUUGGGUCAGGAUAUGAUAGUUGAACCCGUGAGAAAGCAGCCAGCUGAAGUGGAUCCAGACGGAUGGACAACAGUAUCUACAAAACGUAACAAAGGUAGAAGGAAUUAAGCACUUUAGACCCAUGGGGGUAAAACGAAAGGAACUACUGCAGUCCUAUACAAAUUUUUUUGUCCCCUUGCCUUAAAAUGAAGGAAUUUUGGAAUAUUAGUGAAAUAGUAGUCGUAAUUAUUGUGAUUGUAGUUUGGUUUUGCUUCCUUGUUCGUCAGCUAAUUUUCUUCAAAGAUACAAUUAUGUUAUAGUGUAACAAUGAAUUUUUUGUAUUUGAGUGUUACUGGGGCAUCAUUGAUGUUGCUUGAUGUAAUUGGUAUUCCAACUUUUUUCAUGA